AUGAUCAAGUCAACACAAAAGUUCACAUGGCGCGCGCGAACUCUCCUUGCGCCUCGGACGAUCACGCGUCAAGGCGGUUGGCGAUAUGACGCAUUAGUGAGCGCGCGGCGCGGCUUCACAGUAUGCGCAAGCAAACGGGGCGGUGGAGCGGAAGCGGGGUCGAGGGAGCGACUCCCCACACUCCUCUGGCUCGGUGCUGCCCUCUGCUCCGGGCUCAUCGACCGCGCUCGCCCUCGCCGCGGCCCCAUACUGCUGCCAUGGCAUGCUACUCACGCUGUAGCGGCUGUACCGCAACUAGGAGAAUUCCCGCCAGGAUAUUCGUCCUUACACAUACUAGAAUGUACUGUCGACACUUUA